AUGAGGGGCUUCAACGAGUUCCACGUGUCAGCCGCCUUGCUCCUCGGUCGUUCUUCGCUGGGCCUGAGGAGCAAGCUCGCCAAGUUCCAAAAGAAGGGUCAGCUGAGACCCGAGGAUGCGAGAAGCCCAGUGUGGCCCAGGCUGAUGGCCAGGAUUCGCAGGAUGCUCCAGGAGGAUGCUUUGCCCUCCCGGAACGUGGCAAACGUCUUUUGGGCCGUGGCCGUGCUUCACGAGGAGAUUGGGGACGAAGAUGCACCGCUCUUCCCUGAGCUGGUAGACGCCGUCCGAGAGAAGGCUGGAGACAUGAUUCCCCAGGGCUUGUCAAACUGCCUCUGGGCGGCGGCGAAGAUGCGAGGAGUCGUGCCCGAGGCGGCCGGAGCCGUUCCUGCGAUUGCAGAGCAGAUACCAAGCAAGGUGAUGGACUUUAACCUGCAAGAGCUUUCCAACUCUUUUUGGGCGUCGGCUCAUCUUGCCGCUGCGGCGCCGGAAGUGCUCGGAGCUGUUCCCAGCCUUGUGCAGCGCAUCGCGGAGAGAUCAAGAGGCAUGAUUCCCCAGGAUUUGUCCAACUGCCUCUGGGCAGCUGUCAAGUUGAGAGAGGAAUUGCCCGAGGUGCUAAGCGCAGUUCCCUCGAUGGUGGAGCGGGUUCCGUUCGUCGUGGACCGUAUGGCUCCUCAGCAUUUGUCCAACUGCCUCUGGGCCGCGGCCAAUCUGCAAGAGGAGAGCUCUGUUGUGCUCAACAUGGUUCCCGCCAUCGUCAAAGGGAUUGCCCAGAAGUCCACGGACUUCACCGCGCGGGAGCUCACGAGUACGAUCUGGGCUGCUGCCGUCAUGAAGGGGUCUGCGCCCAGCGUGCUCGAGACCUUGCCCGCCAUGUCGGCUCGCCUGGGAAAGGAAGCCAGACAGAUGGGUCCCCGGGACCUCGCCAUGUGCCUCUGGGCAUUGGCGAAGCUUCGCGACAUGCCGGAGUUGCGCAACGUGGUCGCGGCUCUUGUUGCGCAGCUGCCGCAGCACGUUGCCGACAUGUCCGGUCAAGACCUGUCCAACAGCCUGUGGGCAACAGCUACUUUGGCAGAGAAGUCGUUGGAAGCCUUGCCUGCGGCGCCAGUCCUGGUGCCACAGAUUCGGCGCAAGGUCGACGACUUCAAUCCCCAGGAGAUAUCAAACUCGCUCUGGGCAGCUGCGACGCUUCAGGAUGCUGUGCCGGAGGUGCUGGCAGCAGUACCACCGCUUGCCACCAACCUGGGCCGGUUAGCAGGGCAGAUGGUUCCACAGGACCUGUCGAACUGCCUCUGGGCCGCUGCCAAGCUUCGCGAAAGAUCACCGGAGGUGCUACAGGCAGUGGGCGCAGUGGUUGUGGAGAUUCCCAAGAAGGUAAGCCGCAUGAUACCCCGAGAGCUUGCCAGCUGUCUCUGGGCGGCCGCCACGCUGCGAGACUCUGCGCCGGAGGUGCUGCGAGCAGUUGAGGCACUGGCGCUGGCCGUGCCGGAGCAGGUGGCCAACUUCAAUUGUCAAGACUUGGCGAAUAGCUUGUGGGCUUCAGCUCAUCUUCGCGGUGCGGCCCCGCAGGUGCUUGGGGCGAUACCGGCUAUUACGAAGCAGGUUCCCAAGCUGACCUCCAGGAUGCGACCCCAGCAUAUAUCCAACUGCCUCUGGGCCGCCGCCACGCUCAAGGACUUUGCCCCAGAGGUGCUUGCAGUCGUGGAUGCCCUGGCAGAGCGCAUCCCCGAGAAGGUCAAAGACUUCAACGCUCAAGAGAUGUCAAUGUGCCUCUGGGCCGCCGCGACGCUGCAAGAAGCUACGCCUGGAAUUCUGGAAGCAGUCCCUGCCCUGGCCCUGAGCAUUCCGGAAAAAGCGAGCAAGAUGAACCCACAGGACCUUUCAAGCUGUCUCUGGGCGGCUGCUAACCUCGAAGCCGCUGCACCAGCUGCGUUGCAGGUGGUGCCGGCCAUUUCACAGCGCAUACCGGACAGUUCCCAGGAGUUCAAUUCACAGGAGCUCUCCAACUGCCUCUGGGCCGCCUCCAUCCUCAAGUCCUCCGCACCGGAGGUUCUCGAGGCCGUGCCUGCCCUCGCCGAGCGGAUCCCGGGCAAGGCAAGCGUCAUGAUCCCGCAGGACUUGGCCAACUGCCUGGUGGCCGCAGGGCACUUGAACCAUGCUGCGCCUGAGAUUCUGGAAGCUAUGCCUGCCAUCGAAGAGCACGACUCCGCCACACUUGUGCGACUGCUCUCGGACAUUUGGAAGACUCGAAGAUAUAAGGCUGAAGAUACAUGA